AGUCGGCGGAUGCUUUAUUUCGUUUGUUCGAAAGGUCUUUUCCCGUUUCGCAAUGGGGCCACACCACUAUCACCGUACAGGUGAUAAGAGCCACCGAUAAGGCACAGGCGCGAUCGUCUAACGCGAGCGGCUCUCUCGAUACUCGAAAAGCGUCGAUUGGGGGAAACCAGCUUCGGCGCAGAGGUAUAACAGCAGGUCUCCCGGAAGGGGUGGAAAUGCCAGCGACGCCAGGCGUCGCGAGGUUGAUACCAGUCCGCAGGUCGUCAGCUGCUCUGCAGAGUUACUCGGUCGUUCGGUGGUGUCGAGUGAUUUGCUGCCUGUUCGUUGUGGUCGCAGAGAAAAACUGGGUCUCCUUAAAGUUGGAUCGAGGAGUUCGCAGUGGCGAGAUAAAAGUGUGGUGCUCAAAAAUCCGUACAUUAUUUGUUACAGUGGUUGACGUUUGAAAGGGUGAUUCGAAUCAGUUUGAAAGAUUCGUUUUUACUCCGUUGGCAUUAUUCUUUCCUCUUUCAUCUUGCUGUCUUUAAGCAUUGGCAACGAUAAGUUAUAAAUGAGAAAUAUCUUGCCUUGUAGUACAAGUACAGGGCGAUGACGCCGUCGCGGACCGAAUUAUUGACGAAAAGUAAAGGCGGAAAGAGGGCCGACAACGAAUCAAUAUCUCGCUCGCCCUUACGCACCUGGAGAUCAUUCCUGCAGGAGGGUUGAAGGAGGAUAAAAGUUCUCGCCCCGCAGCAGCUGAUCAAAGGAUAAUCAAAGGGACAUCAAAGACAGUUGACAUUAUGAUAGCUUGCUGCGUCCUGGCCGGUGUCCUUGGCGUCGUCGUCCUCUUCUAUGUCUUCCUCGAGGUGCACUACUUUCUGCGCAUGUGCCUGACAGUGCUCUUGGCGAGAUUCUGCAAGAAGCAAGUUCACAUCCUCGACGAAACAUCGGUUUACGGAGUUUGCAUAACCACCGACAUAGACACGCUUCUUUAUCAUAUGAACAACGCUCGUUAUCUACGAGAGCUCGACUUCGCCAGAGUUGACUUCUACGAAAGGACUAAUCUCUAUCGCGAAAUAAGAGCACAGGGAUCCGGAGUCGUUCAGGGUGCAGCCACCAUUCGCUACAGGAGAUUUCUCAGGCCGUUUUCCGUUUACAAAAUUACAUCAAAGAUCAUCUACUGGGACGACAAGUCUAUUUUCAUGGAACACAAGUUCAUCAGCUCCGGCGAUGGAUUUGUUCGAGCUAUCGCAAUUUGCCGUCAACGGGUACUCGAGUGCAGUGCCGAAGCCGUUAUGGGGGUGCUGCUUGAUCGCGGAGGCAAAGUGAACGGAGGACUGGAGGCCGGAAUUGCCCCGACAAGUGCACCACACGUGAGACCGGAAAUUCCACCGGAAGUUGCCUUGUGGUUGGAAAGUAACGAAAUUUCUUCGGCGAGCUUGCGCCCGACGCCAGAACCCCCUCGCUGCUGACAGAGGGAUGCCGGAGUUUCCGUUGUGAACGACGUCACGCCGGCGAAUUGCUACGAAACGACUGUGGUUUAAGAACCAUGAAUGCGAAAGGCGACUCAUUUUUAGCCUUUGAAGCGUGAGAACGAAGGAAAAAAAAAAUGAAAAAAAAACAAAGGACGAGAAAAAGAAGAAGCGGACCCAAACGAAAUCUAUUGAUGUGGAUAAAAAAGUAUCGAUAAACUUUUUAUCCUUAUAAUAACUUUGUAUAGGAAUUACUCAUGUAAGAUGUGACUCGUUCCGUAUCAGAUUGCGCAGAAAGGUCAAAAAAAAAAAUAUAUAUAUAUAUAAAAAAUGGCUUUGAAAAUAUGCAUCAUUUUUUUUUACAUCAUUUUUUAUAUCACUUCAAAAAAUACGGCUUAACUGUACCGCCUUAAAAUUUUUUGAUUUAUGAAACGACUUUUUUUCGAAAAGAACCUGUUUUCUACAUAUUUGCGAAAUUCACUUUUACCGGUAUUUAAUUAAUUAAGUCGUGGCUCUCAUCUACAGGCAUCAUGUUGCCGAUAGCGUACGUGUACUUCGAUUCUGUUUACAUAAAUGACGAGUUUUUAUAGAAAAAGUUUUCUAGGAUACCUAAUUUUUGAACAAUAUUCGAGAAAAAAAAAUUGGCCAAUUGUGAAUGAAAAAUGUGUGAUUGCCGAAAAUUGUUCUUGUAUUUCGUUCUUUAAUUUUCACUGUGAUAAAUAACUCUAACAGUUAUAGAUUGAUCUCCCUAAACUCCGAAUGGCAGCAUUUUGAAAAAAAAAAAAAUUCGUUAGCAUUCGUUAGCAAAAAA